CUCUUUUAUUUUCACGGCUUUAAUUCUAUUAUGUUACUGUAUAAUGUAACGCUACAAUAUGAAACCAUUUUUGUGGUUUAUACUAUUUAAUGUUAUUCGUAAGUGACCAACCUAUUAUAAUAAUUAAAGAUUAUUGUAUUACAGGCCUGAAGAUGUUCCUGUAAGGCCGAAACUAGUCGCUCCUGUAUUUAUUUUUAAUAAAAUUGAUUUUAAGGUUUUAUCUUCAAUUGAAAAAAUUAGACCUCUACAGUGAUUUUGUUUCAUUUCCUGCAUUACACACAUAUAAGACGGUAUUCAUUUUAAAAAUAGUAAAAUUAGCAAAUUUUUUAGUUGUUUUUUUUUUAAUUAAAACGUUUGGAAAAUGUGUGUUUUUAUAGAUAAAUGAUACGCCACUGAACAAGAAGGAUGUUUACCUUCCCCCUUGUGCCCGCUUCCUCACUUCCUCUACAGAUGUUGCUAACACAACAAUCGCCUACAAACUCGUUUCCACGCUCCCUCUAUAUUAGUAAUUGCUCGGAGGUUGGACCUCUCUCUUGCACCGUAUAGUAAUCAAAGUAUGUGAGCUAAAUGAACAGAAAACAGAAACAAAGUUUUAAAAUAAGAGGAAGAAGAAAAAUAAGUUUGCUGGAAAAUACCCUAUUCAUGGACCAGGUUUUAUAUAAAAGAAACUUAAUCCGUGAUAUAUCAAAUUGUCAAAAACUAAUUUUAAAAUUACAAAAUAUUUUUUGCCUUUCAGGUUUUUCAAAUUAUUCUUGAGAUGUCCCAUGCUCAUACAGAUUCUGGUACUGCUUACUUUAAAGCUGCCAUACUUCCUGUUGAGACCUGGGUAAAAAUUUUGCGGUAUUUAGAUGGUAUUUCACUACUUUCUGCUACGAAGGCAUUAUCCGAAUGGAUUGAAAUUUGCGAAGGAGAUGUAGUUCUACGAAAAAAACUAACAUUUGCAAAGAUACAUCUUGAAUCAGGUCUAAAAAAAAUGGAGCAGGAUCAAAGGAUCCUAUCAAUUUUAAGUGAAGAUUAUCGAAUAAAGAACCUACGACGGGCAUUGAUAUCUAAUGGUAUUUCUGAUGAAUAUAAUUAUCGUCCACCACCAAAAAUUAAGAAAAUAUAAAAUAUAUAAGCAUAACGUACCUAUAUUAUAUUAUUGUGUAAUACUGUAUAUUUGGUUGUUUAUAAUAAGAAUAAAGGUAAAAAACACGGAUUGUUAGGUAAACUGUAGAUGGCUUCUAAUUUCUUAAUAAUUUAAUUUUUGUCUAUGAAUGCUAAAAAAAUAUUCAUAUGGAUUUUAGUUAAUUAUGAUAUACAUUAAAUUAUAGCUAUUAUUAUUGCAUUAUCCUAUUAGUGUGUAUUUCCUCGAUAUUUUAUUUAGUGUUCUAGUACUAAAAUAAAGUAAAAUUCAAAUGUUCUAUAUCAGAUAAAUAUGCCAAGAACAUGAUUGAUAUGUUGCUAAAUAGGUAUAUAUGUAUGUGGACAGCUGCAUUACCAGCAUUCCAGAUCAAGUGACUAAAGAAAUUUAUGAUCGAGACCCGCUCCAUAAGGCAAGAAGCCAAGAUGGACUUAAAGAUACUUCCCAUACAGUUCUACCUCUUUUAGGCCCUAUUUGGGACACCAGAAUAGAUAACCUUUCUAUUAAUGAGGAAUUUCUUUAAAUUGUCAAGCAAUUGUGAA